CCUCCCCGGCCCCGUCCCCGUCCCCGUCCCCUCCCCCAGACGACGGACGACGCGCACGAACGGCCCGCGGCUUCAAAGGCCGCUGCCCUCCACGGAGCCCGCUCCUCUCUCUCUCUCUCUGCGUUUAGUCGCAUGCUUCGUCGGCCUUUCUUUUCCAUCCUUCUUCCCUCGGCGGUCUCUCGCCAUCUGCACCAGCUCCUGCUCCUGCUCCUGCCGCGGACGACGACGACGACGAGAAUUUGACGAAGCAUUUGCGAGCACUGCUGUCGCUGUCGCUGUUGUUGGUGUCGGCUGGAAUCGAAUGGUGGUGGAGACUAUUGUGGAUCGGGCAUUGAAGAUAGGAGGAGAAAGCUCAAAAAAUCAAAACAGAACAAAAUAGGGAGCGAGGGAGGAAGGGAGAGCGCAUUUUCUGGGUCUGUCUCAAUUCGCACCGUAAAUCAUCGAGAGCGGACUUGUAUAUAUUUUUAUUUCGCUUGGCGUGAUUUGGACUUGAGCCGGGGCUUCUGCGAAGGUGUUCUGCUGGCGGCUGCGCUGCUGGUGCCGGGGGCGUUUUGUUUUGUGCGCGGUGGAUCGGUGCUCGCCGAGAGUCUGGCCAUGAGAGUACGCAAUUCUUGGCAAGGUUUUGGCAUAUUGUGUGAGUCGGGUCGGCGUCGUCAACUCGUCCGCCCUCUGGAUGUCUGUCGCUCUCCGAGUGAACUCGCUGCUUCCGCCGCCCGCCAACAAGCUCCUUGUCUCCAUUCGGGCUGGUCCUUCAGUUCGCAAUUUCCCGGGUGCAGCCUCGGCACAAUCGACAGCAUAGUAAUCUCGGACCACUCUCUCGUCGUCGGUCUUUAUGUAACCACUCCCCAUCGUCCUCUUCUUCGUUCUCUUCCCCUUCACCAUUAGACAUUAGCUUCGAGCACGAGGAGCGAGCAGCGGAGCCCCAGCCCGUGAAGCAACGUUUUGGUACAGCUGCAGUGAAGCGGCACUUCUCUUUUCUGGCUCGACUCGACCUCUGCACUCAUCGAGUUAUAUCAGUGACUGACGAAGCACGCACGGACGCAGCCAUAUUCUUCUGGGAAUCGUCGACUUUCGGUCGACCGCUCAACCCGAUGACUAUCCAUGAGCAGGAGUUGUUGCUGCUAGGUCGGUCGAGACUCGGGUUCUGACAGCUUCUGGACUCGACUUGUCAAUUUAGUUGUAUUACGGAAGGGGGAGGGAAGGGGAAAGGUUCAAUCGGAACAGCUGGCUCGAUUCGAUUCUGCUGCACGAGAGCGAGAGGGCAAGAGAAUCGACCAUGCCGACGUGUCGGUACCAUCCCUUGGAGCCUGCCGAUAGAGUGUGCGCCCCGUGCUUGACGUCGAAGCUCAAUUCUUUGUCUCGCAGAGAAGGAGGAAUUCGCCGGUUCGUCGACUCGUUUCACACUUCAGCGUACCCGGACGAGGAGGAUUUGCCGAUAUUCUCUCUGCACGGCUUCGGCUGCGAGUUGGAGAAGAAGAAUCCCGGCGGCGGGACGAUUUCUUCUCUUCUGAGAAGCGAAUCGCACCGAGAAUCGGCAGUGUCGGCCAAUGCUUUCUUCUCGUGCGGCUCCGAGAUGUCCACUCGGCUGUCGGCCGAUACGCACAGCGAGGUUGACAUCAAAUCUGCCGCAGCAGCCACGCCCUUGCGCAAAUCCGAUAGUCGCAGAUACAAGGUGGAGCAAUUGAGCGCCCAUUUCUCCGACCUGGGAAGCGACUCCUCCAACGCGGUCGCCGCGGCUGCUUCUUCCGGCAGCUUCAAUCUUCCUGCUGCUGCUGCUCCGCUUUUCUCAGCCCACUCGACGCACUUUGCUGGAUCCGAUGCGGAGAUUCUUCAAGGGCUCGGGCAACAGAGUCACCACCACCACCAUCAUCACCAGCAUCUAGGAGCAUUUUCGGAUCGAGGGUGCAUAUCGGAUCUGAUAACUCGGGAGAAUGACGUCAAGUACAGAAAGCCGUGCAGUUUCGGGCAGAAUUUAGCCAAGAGAGCCGAGUUGAAGGAUCCGAGCCACAGCCAUGGAAUCUGUCUCAAGACUCCAAUUUGGAAGUUCAAGCUGUUCUCGAAGUCGAGCCCCAUCUGGCGGCUCGGGCUCAAGGGCAGCAAGGUGACGCCGAGCACGAGCAAGCGAGAUGUGGAGAUGGACAACAGAGGCUCGCACAAGGAGGCCGCGAGGCACAGCAACACGCGCAGACUGAUCGCGUCGCCGCCCGACGAUUCGGUGCGCCUGUGGUGCCCGAGUCCCAUGGUGACCUUCAAAGAAGGCUCGUUCCGAUGGGGCAAGUCGUUCGACAAAGGAAGCGGCUCGUGCCGCAAGACGGGCCGCGACGAGCCCGACGCCCUGCAGGCCGAGAGCGAGCCGCAGCUCCAGCAGCAGCAAUCGUCGACGGCGGGCGUGUUCCGGCGCCUCUUCGACCUCACGCAGCGACGCGGGACCAGCGCCAGCCGCUCGGAGACGGAGAGCACGGCCUCGUGGAACGGCACGCUGCGAGCUCAGGAAAUGCCUCCGCGCUCGCAGUACGACGAGGAGCAAGCGCAGCUCGCCGCCAACAUCCUCAGCUGGAUGGACGGCGCCGCGGCCACCGUCGGGCAGCCCGAGCCGCCGCAGCCCGCCCACGCCAGCGCUAGCGCCAGCGCCUGCUCGACGAUGGCCGGCAAAUCUGCGGAGAUGUCUCGAUUCCCCGAGCCCGAGCUCGUGGUCCGAUAGACGAUCGUCGUCGGCCACCAUCGACAUCUAGACGGGCUCUAGGCUUGCACCUCGGCAGCCUCUCGAGGAGGUUUUGACAGAUUCCUCUCUGUUCUGCCCUCUCUACCUCCCCUCCCCUCCCCUGCCCUCCCGUCUCCUGCUCUCUUUCUCAACAUCAGAGAUUUCGUUGGGCUCUGUCUGUCUUUCUAUCUGUCCGUCUGUCUCGUGUCUGAGCUUUCUACGUGCGAGGGAUCUUGGAGCUGCCCUUCUGCACUCGUGCCGAGAGUUGCACAGUAAGAGACUCUUAAAUUAUCUGUCAGCGUUGCCGAGGUGAUCUCGCGUCUCUGUUCUGGGUGAGCCUAGUAUGCCGAUUGCGGGCCGGCAUUGGUCACUCGAGGGUGAUACUCUCGCGUCGAAACGGGCUCACUGUUUCCUGCCGAUGAACUCAACCCCAGGACCUCGUUACGUGUGCGCAUUAAUGCAACGAGGCUCGAAGUCUGGCCGGGUUGACGAUGGGCCAUGCUGCGGAAGUACGAAGGGAGAACAGAACAGAACAGAGCGGUGCGUGCGCGCGCGCGUGCUCGAUCGAGUGGUUAUCAUCGACGAGCCGAGAGCGACACGGCAUUGCGAACCUGCGAGCCAGCGAGCCAGCGACGGAACGACGGAGGGCUCUGUAGAGUGUGCUUUGCGUGGCAAUCUGAGCACCGGCGAAUCGCCUUGUCCUAUACAUUAUUGAAUUAUUUUGCUCUUGCUGCUAUGUGCUUUGAGAUGCUUGGAAGUCGGUAGACACGAACAACCAACAACAGCAACCGAUGCUCCGACUUCUCGUCAAGGAUUCGAUCCGUAGAGACUGUCAACGAUGUCAUGCCAUACUGUCUUGCAUCAUUGCAGUCGCCGCCUGUAAUCGUACAUAUAUGUAAGGAAUUUGAAAGUUCAGCCCAGCUGCUGCGUUGGGCCGAGCUGCCUGCCUGCCUUCUUGAAGCUCGUGCUUCUGUAGGGAUGGAUGUAUAGAACCAUUUUGCUCUGAGUCUACGACUUUCAUGCCCAAAAUCUCUUGUGUCCUCUAUUCUUUGGGAGGCACGCCGCCGCACCUCAGUAAAACAACUUGUUUGCUACUGCCAUUC